AUGGGCUACCCGUGCGCCCUAGACCAGCCUACUUGCGACGGCAUUUGGCUUCGCAGCCUCGCUGUGGCCCUCAAUUUGCCCAAAACAAGCGAUCCACUGGUCAUUUAUACCGACAUCAUCAACACACAGUUGCUUGUGAAUAACAAGAUUGGUCAGAACUCUACCAGGUGGCUUGAUAUGCGGUAUUUCUUUGUCAAGGAUGCUGCGGUCAAGGAUUAUAUUGACCUCAAACGAGUGAACAGCGAGGCCAACGUUGCUGACGAAUUCACCAAGCCAUUGGGUGAAGUAGAUUUCCCCGAAUUGAUCAAGCAACUCAGGAUGUCCGACAAAAUGGUGGAGUGA